AUGGACCACCCAGCAAAUGCCACGAGCGUAUCAAGGAUCAAGAUCACAGAGAGCGUAAAGCCAAACAUUUUCACGACAGCGGGCAAGCACUAUUUCAUCAAUGGUGUCAUGAGGUGUAACAACUUCCCCCAUAUCACGCCGAUGACGGAAGAACAGACCGAACACUUCUUCGAGGACUAUAGAACCAUGACCUGGGAUGAUUUGCACCACAAGUGGCAGCAACACGCCGUCAAAUCGAACGAGGAAACCGACAGGCUGAUCCACGGGGAAGAGGGGAUACGCGCUCGCUAG